AUGGAUGUGGAAGGGGCAAAUGCGAACGCUGGCAUAUCCCAGAGAUCAGAAAGCCAGCCUCAUCCAACAUACCUACCUAAUCUACUGAUGGGAGGUAAGUAAUAAUGCUGUUUUUACAAAAGGGAAGGGAUUGUUUCAAAGUGGAGGUGGAAGGAUCAUAGCUGCUCAAUGAGAGUUAAUGUAUAGAAUUAUGUCUUUAGAACAUUUCUAUACCACCUUUCAGAAUAGUUUAGCAAUGCAAAUAAAAAAACAAUAAAAUGCAGCAAAAAGCAAAUGUAAAUGUGAAAAGCACCACAGUGCUUAAAAUAACAGAGUGAUCUAUGUAAUUUUAAAAGCAUAUGGGAGGUAGUUAAAAAGCCUAGAUGAAUGGAAAAGUUAAGGUGUUAUCAGUCUAACUUAUGACUUGUUUUGAAUCAUUGCCACUAGAUGUGAGCAAGCAUACAAUAAGUUAAGAUAACUGGCAAACCGCUUUCAUCAGCAUUUUUAAAAAAAUAUAGAACAUUUGGCAUUUGUGAUAAAGAAUAGUUCUUUCGCAGUUAGAUGAAUCGAUAUUUGCUCUUGUUGAUUUAGAAACUGAUUUAAUGAUACAGCAUGUGAGCUGAACAUGCUGCCACAAUGAAUGAGUGCGUAUUUAAGAUUAGAAGUAUGCGGGUUGAAGAUACAUAUAGACAUUCGCUUUACAAACAUUCCUGUUUUACCAGAUCUACUUUUAUGAAGAUAUAUAUAUUAUAAUAUUGUAACUGUCAGGAGUAGCUGACGGGGUGGGGCAGUGCCAUGUCACUGCCUUCCCAAGAGAAGUGUUGUUGCUGCUACUACUUACUGGGACAACGUGACGCUAGGGUAGAUAGAAGUGAGACUCUAUAGGUGUAUACGGGAGGUGUUGCGGGAUUUGUUCUACCAGAGUGACUCUACAACCCUGGCUUCACCAACCCUUCCACCUGUGCCCCAAACCCAUCCUGGUAAAUAAUAAUAAUAAUAAUAAUAAUAAUAAUAAUAAUAAUUUAUUAUUUAUACCCCGCCCAUCUGGCUGGGCUUCCCCGGCCACUCUGGGCGGCUUCCAAAAGAAUAUUAAAAUACUAUAAUACAUCAAACAUUAAAAGCUUCCUGAAACAGGGCUGCCUUCAGAUGUCUUCUAAAAGCCUGGUAGUUGUUGUUCUCUUUGACAUCUGGUGGGAGGGUGUUCCACAGGGAAGGCGCCACUACCGAGAAGGCCCUCUGCCUGGUUCCCUGUAACUUGGCUUCUCGCAGUGAGGGAACCGCCAGAAGGCCCUCAGUGCUGGACCUCAGUGUCCGGGUAGAACGAUGGGGGUGGAGAAGCUCCUUCAGAGAUACUGGACCAAGGCCGUUUAGGGCUUUAAAGGUCAGCACCAACACUUUGAAUUGUGCUCAGAAACGUACUGGGAGCCAAUGUAGGUCUUUCAAGACCGGUGUUAUGUGGUCUCUGCGGCCGCUCCCAGUCACCAGUCUAGCUGCCGCGUUCUGGAUUAGUUGUAGUUUCCGGGUCACCUUCAAAGGUAGCCCCACGUAGAGCGCAUUGCAGUAAUCCAAGCAGGAGAUAACCAGAGUAUGCACCACUCUGGCGAGGCAGUCCGCAGGCAGAUAGGGUCUCAGCCUGCGUACCAGAUGGAGCUGGUAAACAGCUGCCCUGGACACAGAUUUGACCUGUGCCUCCAUGGACAGCUGUGAGUCCAAAAUGACUCCCAGGCUGCGCACCUGGUCCUUCAGGGGCACAGUUACCCCAUUCAGGACCAGGGAAUCCUCCACACCUGCCCGCCUCCUGUCCCCCAAAAACAGUACUUCUGUCUUGUCAGGAUUCAACCUCAAUCUGUUAGCCGCCAUCCAACCUCCAACCGCCUCCAGGCACUCACACAGGACCUUCACUGCCUUCACUGGUUCUGAUUUGAAAGAGAGGUAGAGCUGACACUAUGUGCACAUAGAGUAGGGCCCACCUGCACUAUAGAUUUAAAGCAAGUACAGUGGUACCUUGGUUGUCAAACGGCUUGGCUCCCAAACAAAUCGGGUCCCGAACGCCGCAAACCCAGAAGUGAGUGUUCCUGUUUGUGAACGUUUUUUGGAAGCUGAAUGUCCGACACGGCUUCCGCGGCUUCAGAUUGAGUGCAGGAAGCUCCUGCAGCCAAUCGGAAGCCGCGCCGUGGUUUUCAAACUGUUCUGGUAGUUGAACGGACUCCCGGAACGCAUUACGUUCGACAACCAAGGUACCACUGUAGUGGCUUCCCCCGAAGAAUCCCGGGAACUAUAGUUUGUUAAGAGAGUUGUUAUGAGACCACCCCCAUUUUCCUAGCAGAACUACAAUUCCCAGAGUUUUCCGGGACCAGGAAUUGACUGUUAAGCUAAUCUGAGAAUUGUGGAUCUAUGAUGGGAUUUGGGGUCUCCUAACAACUCUCAGCACACUUAACAAAUUAAACUUUGCAGGAUUCUUUGAGGGAAGCCGUGGCUGUAUCAAGCAGUAUGAUCCUGCUUCAAAUAUAUAGUCUAGAUAGGGGCCUACUUCUGUUACCCUCAAUAUUCAGUUUAGGGGAGGAACGAGAUCCACAUUGCUUAUUUAAUUUCCAAGUGCCAUAGCAAUAUACAUUUCCCCCCUUUUAAUUCAUCUGUCAUUAUUUUAAGCCUGUUCUCUGAGACUUAAUUUAGAUAUAACUUUUAUUUAUUACAUUUGUACCCUGUCUACAAGCUCAGUUUUAUUUUUUUAAAUCUCAGAAUAGCCAUGUGAGGUAGAACAGGAUGAGAAGACUGGGUACUUUGCCAAAUGCCAACUAAGGAAUUUCAUGGCCGAGGGCAGCACUGUGCAUUACAAUCAGUGCAGGAAACACUGGUGUUAACAUCAGCAUUUCAUGCAGCAAAUAUGCAAAUUGCGGCUAGGCAUGUACAUGUCUCUUUAAACAACCACAUGCACGUGUAUGGGAAAUGAGAAUUCCUGGAUGCACAUACACAAUGCUUUGUGGCAUCUGCAGUAUAUGCAUUUCUUGCAGGGCAGUCCAGUGUAACCAGGGUGUUUUCCUGGAGCAAACGUAACGGGGGAGCUUCCCUGAAUGAGGAUUGGAACCUGGCUAUCUCACAUCUUAAGGCAAACAGUUUGGCUGCUGUACCACACUGCCUGUUAUGUUUAUGGAGGAUUGGUGUACAAAUUGCAGUGGCAAUCAUGUUUUCCACAGUUGCACCAGAAAUCCUAGAGGGAAUCAUAAAAUGGCGUGGGAGGGUCAGAACAGCAUGUGGGGGUGGCGAGGACAAGACCGUUCUGUCUGGCAGGCAGCAGUGCAUCGAUGGAACAUUCAUGCAACAUUCAACUCCACCCAGUAUAUUCAUUUCACAUAUUUGAUCAACGAAUUCAGAAAAUCAUACAUUGCAGCCUUCUCCUGCAGGUGGAGAAUUACAAGCCUGAAUGCUCCCCACUCUAAAAACAAGCCAUCCUUGUCCAUGAAAAACUAGCAUAUGAAAGAGAAGAGUUAUGGCCAGGCUUUCUCUCUGAUGUAGAAGCUUUCUUUAUGCAGGAAGUUUAUGGCAUAGGGUAACAUUUAAUCCCACCCUGCAUUCUGAAAUGGAAAAUGUGACGCCUCCUCAUACUGAGUGGGACCAUUGGUCCAUAGAACUCAGUACUCCAGGGGUGAGGAACCUGUCGCCUUCCAGAUGUUGCUGAACUACAGCUUCCAUCAUCCCUGGCCAUUGACUGUGCUGGCUGGGGCUGAUGGGAGCUGGAGUCCAACGAUAUCUGGAGGGUCACAGUCUACUCUAACUAGCAGGAUGUUUUCUGAGCACCUGGAAGAGGCCUGUCCCAUCACUUGGCACUUGCACAUUUAGCUGACAUUGAAUUUGGGACCUUGCAAGGCAUGAUGUGAUCUACCACUUAGCUACAGUCUUCCUUGGGUACAGUCUCACGAGGGUUCUAUCACAUGAUGUUCUGCAGAUACAGAUUGGAUCAUAGCUGGCUGUAACCUUGGAAAAUCCUUCACGGCAGACAAGUAAUUCUGUUUGCAUUUUCCUUUUAGUUUCCCUGUUGAUCUGAUGGGGGAGGUGGUGAUUUUUACAUGGAUAAGAGACAUUGAUGCUGAGUUCAGGAUAACAUAUUAUUUUUCAGGAUGUUAAAAACAAACUGCUGACGUAGCUACUUAAGAAGAGGUGCCCAGGGCUUACAAAAUUUAAUCAACUUAUUCAAUUAUGAUUUGCAAGUGACAGCAGCAAAAUAGGGAGAAGUGUCCCCCAAAUUAAGCAAGUUCAGCUCCCAUUUAGAAAAUAAAAGUUUUGUUUCAAUUAUUUUGUCUGAGCUAGUGUUUCCACUGUGGUCUCAUGGUUGUCAUUAUUACAUAGGCAAACGUUAUUGAAACCUUUGAACAGUUGGACUCCAAGCACAGUCUUUAUGCUCUCCUGAUUCUGAUCAGUUGUGCAACACUGUUGAUUUAUCAUCUACCUUGUAUAGGUAAUGCAACAGGUGAGCUAUAUCCUCAUUAGAGGCAACCUACUUCUCUUUGAGGAUAGGGCAGAGGAUGGUGGCCUGGACCUACUGCAAUGCAUGAAAAUAGACCGCCAUCAAGUCCGACACCCAUAGCAUGUAAUAACAUAGUCCUCUGGUAACUGGCACCAGGUAAUACCACCCAGGUGGCUAGAUAUAUACCCUAAGGACUACAUCAGUGGAUCAUCCUGUAGGUAUUAUAUUCUAAUGUUAAAGGUAAAGGGACCCCUGACCAUUAGGACCAUUCGUGACCGACUCUGGGGUUGCAGCGCUCAUCUCGCUUUAUUGGCUGAGGAAGCCGGCGUACAGCUUCCGGGUCAUGUGGCCAGCAUGACAAUGCCGCUUCUGGCGAACCAGAGCAGCGCACGGAAACGCCGUUUACCUUCCCCCCGGAGCGGUACCUAUUUAUCUACUUGCACUUUUUGGGGUGCUUUUGAACUGCUAGGUUGGCAGGAGCUGGGACCGAGCAACGGGAGCUCACCCUGUCGUGGGGAUUCGAACCGCGACCUUCCGAUCGGCAAGUCCUAGGCUCUGUGGUUUAACCCACAGCGCCACCCGGGUCCAUUAUUCUAAUGUUAAACCAUUCAUAAUUUUAAAAAUAACAUAUUCAUUUGAUGUUUUUCAUGUCUGUGGCUAAAAGCUGGAAAUUAAGAUUUAGGUAUGGAGCAGUAGAUCAAUUUAUCUAAACUCCCCUCACUAAUUUGUCACAGAUUAAGAUACAUCACAAUGAAUUGGUGUAGUUCAAAUGUGUAGAGUGCUACAGUGCAACCCUAUGCAUGUCCAAUAGAGUUUACUCCCAGGUAAGUGUGUAGAGAAUUGCAACUUUACUCUUGGAAUGUUGGGAUUUUGGUUCAGAUUCCCCAUGAACAUCACUGAUUACUUUGAACCAGUUACUGGCUGUGUUUACACAUAAUUCUAAGCCAUACUUUGUUCAACAAACCAUGAGUCAUGUCACAAGCAAGUGAACAAGCAAGCCAUGCCUUCUUUUCUCCAAAUUUUGGCUUGUUUUCCAACUACUCUUGCCUUGUGCCGUUUUAGCUUUACAAGUGUCAGGGGUGAGGAGAACAGACUCACCAUGGUUCAGCAAGGCUGUUGGGUUCAGAUGUGACACCAAACCAUAGUAAAAACAAGGCAGAGUUCAUAAGUCAACAAACAGUUAUGGGGUUUUUUUGGCGGAAAACAAACUGUUAUUAUUUUACUGGGAUGGGUUUGGACAUUCAAACAAACCACAGUUAGGGUAAACAAGCCAUGGCUUAAUAUUGUAUGUGAACCAGGACACUUUGCCUCAGUCUAACCUCAGAGGUUGUUGCAAUGAUAUAAGCAUAAAUGUGAUUGGCCUGGAAGAGUUCUUGUCAAUGAGAAUGAGCAGAACUGAAAGAAAAGUAUGAGGGCAUGGAUGAGAUAAAAAAAUGGAAAGGAGUAAAAAAUAGUUAAGGAACAAGUUAUUGAGAGGGUAUUUUGAUACCUUUUCAGGUUUCACUGUUUUGCUGAGCUGUGUUUCCAGUGAGCCAUUAUUGAGGAUUUAUGUUUGCUUAGCAGUUUGGUUAAUGAUCUGUGACAAAACAUGGAAGAAGGAGUCUCCUCUCACAGAUAGGUACUGCAGCAUCUUUAUUAUCAAAUUGAGCAGAAAACCAUACAUUGCCAGCAGCUGGACCUUCUCUCAUGAUGACAUUCUGAAUGGUAUAUCAGUCUCUAAAUCAUUCCAGAAUGUAGCAGUUGCUGCUGCUGUUGUUAUUAAACAAUCAAAGUGCAUGCUGUCCUUAUUCUGUGGAGUUUACCAGCUAAAAUCUGACCCAGGAGAAAUAACAGAGGAAGGGGAGUAAAAACAGUAUAGGCAGGCAUACCUGGCAUAAUCUGUUGUUCUGCCUACUGGGUAAUGCAAACAAGGAGAGUAUAUCAGGGUAGUAUAUAUAUGGAUACUAGCCAAGCAUCAUCAUUGAAGAGGAAAAGAAAGGAAAAGACAUGCCAAUGGAUGUGCUAUGAGACUGACUUUUUAUCUGUUUCUCUAGCAUGCAACAGUUUGGUCUUCCCUCGAAGUUCAUUGCCUUGAGAUCAGGUUGACAGGUCGGGUAAUAAAACACAAUUGCUUUUGCUCACUGAAGCAAGGAUGAAGUAAUCACAUUUAAACACAUGGAUAUCGCUUAACCUUUAAGAAUCCUUUUAGACAGUGCCGGAUUUACUGAGCUACUUUCCCCAAACCAAGAGUAGAUAACUUCAUUUAAUCACAUUCUUAAGCCUUGUUUCCCCUCUUAAUGCAGAUUUUGUUUCUGACUGGUCUCCUUUGCACGAUGCUUCCAUUCAUGGGCGGCUGCUUGCUCUGAAGAAACUCAUCCAUCAGGUACUGCACCAUUAGGGAGAUAAACACUGAGUUUGCCUUGCUCAUUAAGCCUCUUGUUGAAGGCACACUCCAUUUUAUGCAGUAAGGUAGCAAAGGUUUGACAUAUGUGUUGACCUGAAGGAGAACCAAAAUGUAAUGUUUUCAGAAAAUGGUAGUCUUGUGAGCUAUUCAAAACCAAAACCAAAACAAAAACAAAGCACCCCAAGAGUUGAGAGUUGGAAAGGGAAGAGUUCCUUUCAGUUGUUCUUUGUAGGAAGAAUGGUGAUUAUCCAUCUCACUUUUGCAUAAGUCCACUAAUGACAGCGGGAGCUUUCUGGAAGCUACAUGUUAAUGUUGACUAAGUGGGCUGAAAAAAAAGAAUCAUAUAUAAACAUGUAGUAUAGCUUAAGAGGAACACUAUGCAUGAAUCCCAUUAAGAAAGUUGUAUUGAAGGCAAAAGGAAGGAUAUCAUUGAAUGGACCAGACCAGUAGCAGCUGGUGAGGUGGAGCAGCAUUGCUCACUUGACUUCCCAUGUGGAGGUCACUGCCGAUAACAGAGCAGGUGAGGCAGUGGUGACGCUGGCGUGGUGCAGAUGCAGCAGCAGAGCCAGUCCAGCACUUCUCCUCCUGCAACCAUGCUGACCUCUCUGCCACCUCAACACACCCUUGAUUAUCGGUAGCAACCUGUUUUGGGAAGCCAGGUGAGUGACACUCUGCCCCACUAGCUGGUACUGGAACAGACUGCCUUGGAAGGCGGUGGACCCUCCUUUGUUCAGAUUUUUUUUUUUUAGUGGAGGCCUGAAGGCCAUCUACCAGGGAUGCUGUGACAAUUGUUUGCUGCAUUGGCAGGGAGGUGGGCUACAUGGCCUUUGAGGUCACUUCCAAUUCUGUGAACAGGGAUGCUUCCAUAUGAGCACUUCUUUCUGUGUCCACUCACUUUUUUAAUAGGCACCCAUGUUGUUAUUAACUGUUGCAGUCUAGUAUUUUGUGGGUAAGCCCCCCAAGUUUUUCUACCCUCAAUUUAUAGUGAUUAUUUUGCAAUAAGAUGCAGUUGCAGCAUCAGCUUGUCCAGGGUGAGCAGGUGAAAUGCUAUUACGGUAUUUCGGGGCUCCAGUGCCUUUAAACUGAACACUCUGUCUUUGCAAGUUCAGUCCAUUUUACUGAUGAACUUUUUAUUGCUUUUGAUCCAGGCCUAGGGGCGAGUAGUUAAUAAGCCUGCAAUAGACCCUAUCUAAUUCCCCCGGUGUUUGUUUCGCUUUCCAGAAUUGUAGCAGGGUGUGGGGCAGAGUUUUACAGUACAAUUGUAACCAUGUCAGAAAUCAGUCCUAUUGAGUGCCAUGGGAUUUGCUGUCAAGUUAGGAUGGUAGCCUUACUUACUGAUUUCUUCUCACUUCCUUUUUCUCAUUUUUAAAUGUUGAAACUUAAUGCCAUUUUACCGUUUGAAAAAGAAAAGAGAAAACAGUGAGAGGGUAUCACCCCCACCACUCUGGAAAAGAAACGGACAUUGCGGAAAUUUACAAAGGCUAUUUAGAUCAGAGCCCAGAUCAACAAGCUGAAACUGCAAACAGGAGGCUUGUCAUUCGCAUCGGGAUGAACCUUCCUGAGUGGAAUUUACUUGUAAAUAGGCAUGGCAAAAGGAACAUGGGUGUGGGGAAUGGCACUGCUGACUAAUGCAGUAGUAUAUUAACAACAGCUGUGCAGAGUCUCUGAACUUUGCAAUGUAGUUCUCCAACCAAAGAAUGUGAAUAUGAAUGUAUUAGAUGAAAGUGUUCAAUUCUAUAUUUAUAAAAGGUAUCCUGUUAGGAGGAAAUUGCUUACAGAAAUGUAUAUUAGCCGACACUGCAUGUAAAAAUGUGUUUAUUAGGAUAAAUUUGCAUGAAAAUGCUGAUGGUUUUUUGUGAGAAUUAAAAAAUCCCACAUUGCUGCAGAAAUGUCGAGCACUGAAUUUAAGAUUUGAAAAAUGGAUAAAAUGAGAGAACAAGCUGACAGAUUUGUCCAUCACUAGCUACCAGUCAGUGUCUGGAAUUCUGAACUAAAUGGACCAAUGGUCUGAGGCAGUGUCCUACGUUCCUAUGUUUUCAUUUUCAGUCUUUUAAUAAUGGUGGAUUAGCAAAAAGGUCCCUACAAUUUCUAAGGAAACUGGGAAUAGACAGCUAGCGAAGCCACACAUCUGCAUUCUGCAGAUGCAUCAUUGUUGAAGUAAGUUUGCAUAUCAAGAAUAACCCUUGAGUGAACCAAUCAUUCCUCACGUCAGUGGGACUUACGCAACUGAAACAACAAUCGCUACCGUCUCUGAGACCAAGGGUGCUCCAGUGCUUAGGACUGUGAUGCUGUACACAACACUUACCUCAUUUAAUUUAAAUUAAUGGGACUUGCUUCUGAGUAUUAGUGAAUAGACUUGCACUGCUGGCAACAUAAAACAUUUCAGAUUCAUGCAGGGAUCAGCCUCUAAUUAUCCUUUCUUUUUAUUUUAAACCAGGGAAGUAGUGUGAAUCUUGUGACAGCAGAUUGUGUGUCUCCUCUCCACGAAGCUUGCUUAGGGGGACAUUCUGCCUGUGCCAGUGUCUUGUUAAAACACGGGGCCAAUGUGAGUAACUUGAAGAUGUCUGGGAUUUGGGUGCAUGCAGAAAUAAGAUGCCCUGAUAGCUCAAGAAAGUGAGCCAUGCCAAUGAUGACACACACAAACACUUGGCACUACUUUCUCAUUGUCGCUGACCAAUCUGUGGUUGGGAAAAAAUCCUUCCCAAUCACUGCCAGGACAAUCUAUUAAGAAUAGAAUAAAUAUUCUAGAAUUGCAUAUGCUAUGUGCAAGGUUGCUGCUGACUGAUUGCAGUAAUUUGUUUAUAGAAAACAAGGCCAGGGGCUGGAAUCUCUCUGAAAGUCAUUGCCCCUGAUCUUGGCUGGAUGGGAACAGGGUGUGAGCAAACCACAUUCUGAUAAUGCUCCAAACAUUCUUAGGACUGUGUCUUAGCACUGAAAACAGCAAGAAGGUCUCAAAUUGAAAGCUAGGUGGCAUAUGCUUAUUUCUGGCUGACGAAAAUGUCACGCUUAAUGCCAACAAAAUGACUUAUGGUAGGGUGGUUAGUAAAUAUUCAUUUGCAUGGCUGUUUUCCCAAUGCUUGUUCCACUGCUUUAGGCAACAUCUACAUUGCUGGCUCUUUUCCUUUCAGGUGAACAUGGCUACCAUUGACUGGAACACCCCUUUGUUCAAUACUUGUGUCAGUGGCAGUGUAGACUGCUUGAACCUGUUACUGCAGCAUGGAGCCAGCCCCCAUGCCGUGUGCGAUCUGGCAUCACCUAUCCACGAAGCUGCUAAGCGAGGUAAAUGUCAGCAGAUGUGCCUUUACGCCAACACAAUCUUUGCAUCCAUUGUUUCAUUUUAUUUUGUUUUUUUCUUUUCUUUUUUGUUUCUUUAUCCAUUGUUUCAUUUAAAUGCAUGGGCUGCAUAUAAACUCAAAACCUGUGAUGUGUAUGUAUGUUUAAUCAAACCACGGUUUAUGCAGCAGGUUUGUUUUUACUAACCAGCAUCAACCACAGUGCAGGGUUUGGGUGACACGCCUAACUGCAGUUAAUCUGAAACAGAAAGUGAUUCCAAUCACUACCUCACAGAUGCACCAAAGGAGGGAGGGGAGGGUGCAAGUCCUGGAAGAGAGUAGCCUUAUUACCAUAAUGAUAAACCAUGGUUUAGUUUUAUCACUGAGCACAACUUCUAUCACACUGGCUUUCUAAGAGGGCUAGCCCUGUUUUCUUCGGGUGGUUAGGAAAUAAGAUAAUGCGGGAAACAAUGUUUGUUUGAAUUUCAUUGUGCAGAAGCAGCAACCGUCAAUCCCACCAAAUAGGUUCAUUAAAAUUUGGCAGAAAAAGAAACCUUAUUGUUAGAGACAAAGAGAGUGGAUGAAACUGGAAAAUUUUUGAAAAGACAGCAAAGCCUUGCUGAUUUCUAUCAUGGCUACAAUGUUUUAGUCAUCAGGUUGGUUUUGAUACGACUUAUAAACUGCCUGUAAUCCUUUAAGGUCAUACCAAAUGUGUGGAAGCCCUUGUAUCCCACGGAGUCAAUAUUGAUCACAACAUAAAGCAUCUUGGUACUCCACUCUACGUCGCUUGUGAGAGCCAGCAAGAGGACUGUGUCAAAAAAUUACUUGAGUCAGGUAAUUUAAAAAAUGUUAUAUCCUGCAUCAGGGGUAGGCAACAUGGUGGACUACAGCUCCAGUUAUCCAUGACCUUUGGCCACACUGGCUGGGGCUGAUGGGAAUUGUAGUUUAAAACAUCUGGAGAGCACCAUGUUGGCUACCCUUGAUUUGUAAGCCAAGAGCAAACUCUCUCUUCAAAGAUGGAUCCUUAUGAAGCCAAAAUGACAUCAUCCACGCACAAAAGAAAGGUUAUGAGCCAGCCUGAGGAGAUCUGUAAUAAUAAUAAUAAUAAUAAUAAUAAUAAUAAUAAUAAUAUGCUGCCCAUCUGACUGGGCAGCUCCCAACAAAAUACUAAAAACACAAUAAAACAUCAACCACUAAAAACUUCCCUGAACAGGGCUGCCUUCAGGUGUCUUCUAAAAGUUAAAUAGUUGUUUAUUAGUUUAUCUGCUUGACAUCUGAUGGGAGGGCGUUCCGCAGGGUGAAUUCCACUAUCAAGAAGGUCCUCUGCCUGGACUUCUCAGUAUCUGGGUUGGAUGAUGAAGGUGGAGUCGCUCCUUCAGGUAUACAGGUAUAUAAUAGUUUUUAGAAAACCUAAGUAGAGGGAGGGAAUUCCAAAAACAGCAAGGGAAGAAUGAAUCCCCACCCCCAAAAGGGAAAUAACAGUGAUGCAAGAAUUUUGCCUGCAUAAUUUGUAAGGUGUUAACAGAUCCCAGGGUAUCUCUUUGGACAGCAGCCACUGAAAUAAAUAAGCUCAUAUUUUAACAAGUUAGAUCCACCACAACAAGGUUCUCCUUACUCAGAGGGGGCCGUGGCCGAUGUAAACACAAAACCACCAACGCCCCUUCUUGAACCUGUCCACCCCAUCAUAGCAAUACAGGAAGCUCCCUUAUAUGAACCAGAUCUUUUGUCUAUCUAGCUCUAUUUGUCUCAGUAUAGAUGGGCAGUGGUCGGGGUUUCAGUCAGAUGCCUCCCAACCCGAUGAGGAGAUGCUGGGGACCGAACCUGGGACCUUUACCAUGAGAAGCCUACUGAGCCACAGUCUCUCCUCAGAUCAGGAGUACAGAGGGUAUUCUUCUCCUUGCGCUGAUUGCAUUAAAAUUGCAAAUUUACUUAAGGCCACUAGGAACAUACCAUACCCUUAUAGCAGGGGUGAGAAGCCUGCUGAACUCCAAAUCCUAUCAGCCCCAACCAGCAUGGCCAGUGAUCAGGAAUAAUGGAAGUUCUAGUCUAGCAUCCCCCCCCCCUCUCUCUCUCUCUGUGUGUGUGUCUGUCUGUCUGUCUGUCCCCUUGUGGUGGUGGGGAGUGCACAGGUUCCUGUCUCACAGUAGAAUAACAGAUACAGUCAAACCUUGGUUGUCAAACGUAAUCCAUUCUGGAAGACCGUUUGACUUCUGAAAUAUUUGGCAACCGAGGCACGGCUUCUGAUUGGUUGCAAGAGCUUCUUGAACUCAAGCGGAAGCCGCGCCGGACGUUUGAGUUGCCGAACUGAGAGAUUCACACCUAAUGAAACCAGAGUGAGUACCUCAGUUUGGCUAAACUGUAACAACUUUUGCGCAGACAGAAGUGAACUUGCCUUGCAGCUUUCUACAGUUUGCUGUGUUCUCCUGCCAACUCAAACACCUGCCUGAGACAACCUACGUGGGUUGAAAUAUUUGCUUGUUAGGUUAAUUGUCAAGAACACUGGGACCUGUACUGUGCAAAGGCAUCAAUCAUUCUUUGUGAACAUCCCCGAAUCCUUUCAUGCGUGUUCAGUUUCCACGUUGCUUUGGCUGCAGGCCAAAGUCCGUGAACAGGCUUGAAGCAAGUUGAAAUUUAAACUAAAAAACCCCCAACAACUAAUGUGCAUAUAUAGGAGGAGAUUGUGUGAGCCUUAAACGAUCCUUAAACUGACCAGAGGUAAUAAAGAAUAUGGGGAACUGCAGCUUUUGCUAGUUUUAACUUUUUCCUUUCCUUUUCUCCCCCCAGGAGCGAGUGCAAAUACUGGGAAAGGACUGAAUUCCCCUCUCCACGUGGCUGCUCAGACCUCCAAUGCUAACUUAGUGCAUUUACUUAUUGAGUUUGGAGCAGACAUCGGGGCUGUGAAUGCCGAGGGCAAAAAGCCAGCAGACCUGGUUCCUCCAAACAACACGCUAGUGCAGACAUUGCUGCAGAGAGAAGGUGCCUAUUAAUCUUGGUUUCAUUCAAAUUCAAAGUAUUUAAGGGUGCUGAAUCAAGCUUUGAAAAGGACACACUCUCUUUUUCUUUCUCUCUCUCUUUCUCUCUCUCUUCUCCCACCACAUUGUUAAUUAUACUUGUUAAUCUGAGCUAAAUAAUAAUAAAAAAACCUUGCAGAUAACUCGACUUGGUUACAACAACUGAUGCCACAAUGUGACCCUGAAGUUAUGAUAGGGAGUACACAUGCCGAUUGCUACACAUUCAAGGACAUCUUUGUAGGAUCCAGGUCUCAGAAGAAAGUAGAACUGUGUGUUCUUGUAACUCCAAAACCUUGGUUUUUAUCCUAGUUACUCUUUGCGAUUUUUGUUCAGAGACAAGUAUCCACGCCCAUAUUUCUUGGUAUGAAACAGAAAUAAGUUGGGUGGGAAAGUGCUCCAAGAAGGAAAAAAAGUCUUGUAGGAUGUACUGCCAAUAUGCAUCGUCUGGUGUGACAAUAACAUGUGAAUGCUUUGAUAGCAGGUUCCCUUCUGCUAUGCACUUCUUUCCAGCAAAUUUAUACCCAUCAAAAUAGACUUGAUUUUCUUGUGCAGAUGUGGUUCAUUAUUAUUAUUAUUAUUAGAUACUAUUUGUUGCAUUGAAAGAAUACAGCAGAUAGUAUAAAAGAAAAACAGACCAGUGGGACUGUAUUGUUUCAGAUCUGUAAGCAAAUUUGGGGACCCUCCUUAUCACACAAAAUUAAUAUUUCCUUUUGCAUAUUUCCUGAUGAGCAUAAAACUAAUUCACAUUGAUCCUGCUUGUUAUGUUUUCCAGGAUAGGAGACUGUAAGCUCAGUCUGACUCUUUAUGCAUAUAUUUAUAUCUACGUCUAUACACAUAGACACACAUAUUCACUUAGAUCAAAAUGUUAUAUACAGACACUAGGGGAUAUGCAUUGUAUGAUAUAAAUCAGGCAUAGGCAAACUCGGCCCUCCAGAUGUUUUGGGACUACAACUCCCAUAAUCCCUGACCACUGGUCCUGUUAGCUAGGGAUGAUGGGAGUUGUAGUCCCAAAACAUCUGGAGGGCCGAGUUUGCCUAUGCCUGAUAUAAAUGAUGGUGGGUUGGUGUUUUUUUAUAACGCUAGUGUAGAUGUCAUAUAUGAAGCCUUAGAAGGUUUGCUGUAUAGGCCUGAUGUACUACAGUAGAUUAUUCCUGCAACAUAGUUGCAUCUGUGUGGAAUCAUUUCAAGGGAUAAAUAAAAGAUGAAAUAUGUAUAUAGCCUAACUCUUGCUAUCUAUGUAUAGUUAUUAUACUAUUGUGAAAUGUUUUGAAGGCCUCAAGUAUGAAUCUCACUGAGGAAAGGCUUUUAAAAGCUCUGUUGCCAUAUUUAAUUACCAUGUUUUGUAAGAAAAUACGCCGUUCAUCUUGCAGUUGGCAGAUAAAUAAUAUAGCUGCUAAUGAGAGCUAAAUGGUGGAUAUGAAUGACUGUGCUCAGCUCCGUUAAAUCAUAAUGAGAUGUUUGACUUCAGUGUGGCAGCUCUAACAUUUCUGUUGCAACACACAUCAUUCAUUCAAACAAACGAGCAUCGUUGUUUUCCACGUAUGAUCUUGGAUAGAGUUGGUUUUCCUCUCGGUUAUCACAAACUGGCACAAUAAGAAACCGGUUAUUGGAUGAUAUGACAUUCCAUCUAGAAUUAGUGAUAUAAUAUAUACUAAGCAUUCUGAACAUUUGAAAUGGGCUGUACCAGGGCUGGAUUUAGGUUUGAUGAGGCCCUAAGCUACUGAAGGUAACGGGGCCCUUUAUAUGUCCAGCUGUCCUUUGUCAACAACGAAUUGUCGCUGUUUUUUGUGUUGAAUAUAUGCUAUAGGUAAUUUAUAGACCUAAUAGGUAUCUAAAGCCAUUUGCUCAUGACAAAAUAUGCAUUUUAUCAAAGUAAUUGUUGAACUGAAAUACAGUUAAGAAGUAUAUUAAUAGUGAAAUAAAAUUAAGAAGAAGUAUAUUAAUAGUGAAUUAAUUGUUAAGUUCUAACUUAAAAUGAUUUUUUAUUCACAACAAACUUAAUAAUGCAAACACAUUGACAUAUAUUUUGGAAAUGUACGUUCAGGUUUUUUUCCUUUAAAUUUUUUUGGGGCCCCCAAGAGAGUGGGGCCCUAAGCUAUAGCUUGUUUAGCUUAUAUGUAAAUCCGGCACUGGGCUGUAUGUAAAUAAGUAUUUUGAUGACUUUUUUUAAAAAAAAAUCAUUGGAAAAUCUCUAUACUGUGCUCACAUCCAGAUAGUAUACUCUAUGUAGUCCUUGAGGCUGGAAAGGCAAUUUCCCCUGUUAGCACUGGAUCAUGGUCCCAGAGGAGAGUUUCCCCUUCUCUGCCUGCUGUUCAUUUACUUGAGCGACCUAGAGAUCUGUAUUCUGCUUCUACUCUUGCGUAAUGUUUUGCUCCCUGCUUGAAAUCCAUUGUGACACGGUUUGUGCCUGCAACUCUAUGAGGGUUGUCAGGGCCGAGAGAGAUAACUUUUUGUUCCCAUCAAAUUCAUUUUUUGACCUUAUAUCAGAGGGGAGACCCCCGCAACCACUAAUGUAGCUGAGGGGAUAAAUUUAGGUUUUUUUGCUGACAAAAGCUGCUGCCACACUGAGCAUCUGCUCUGCAUGAUAUCGUGAUAAUCCUUCCAUUUUUCCCCCUGUUCAGCUUUGAGGUUGUUCCUCCCCCCCCCCAAAAAAAGUUCAGAAAAUCUUACUCUUUUAACCCAAUUAACUUCCUGUGUAUUUUCCCCAGGAGAUCUGUUGUUCAGUUAUUCAAUUGCCUUCCUGGGUGGUUUUGAGCUGUGUAGAACUUGCACUAGCAACUUCCUGUUCUAUAGACUAUCUCGCCUGUCUAGAAAUCAGCACUAUCACUCUGACCUUCUCCUUUGUAUCUAUUUUUCUCUUUCCCUCCACCCUGCCCUGCAGUUUCAGCAAGGGGAGAAAAGGAUUGCAAAUUCAUUGAGGUAAAGGCAGUAUUUAACUCUUUUCCACAGAUAAUGGUCAAGGAUGAAAUCUCACUACUAUCACCAUUUGGGGCUGGAGAAAGUAGAAUGGCCCACUUAACUAAAAUCAAUGUUAUUCCAGAAGACUGCUAUUUCACUUUCAUCUUAAAGCCAUAUGGCAAUAAUUGGUUGCUGCAAAUUCCCCCCCCCCCCAAGAUUAUAGACCCAAAGAUUACAGACAAUCAAAUCUAUUUUUAUAUUAUUCCAUUGCCCAUUUAGCAGUAGCCUUCGUAAUACAGUCAGUUGCUUUGUUUGUCUUUGUUUCAGCCCAUAUUUCUCUUAUGCAGUAAUUUGCUUUUGACCUUGAACAAUAUAUCUCAAUUUGGAAAAAGUCAAACACAAGAAUUUCUUGAAGCUUUCAGGUGCACUGUGAGAGUAGAGAACUCAAAGCUGUUUUGUUUCAGUGCAGCUGCUUCGGGUCUCAGAAAAGCUGACCUUGUGAUGCAGCUGCAGACGGUGUUUUGUGGGAAAGUGUUAUGAAGUCAAUAAUACCUUGCUUGUUUCUUUGGCCUCUUCCCCCCUCCAGGGCCCUUCUCCUUGAUGCAGUUGUGCCGCCUUUGCAUACGGAAGUCCUUGAGAUGCAAACAGCGACAGAGAAUGAGUGAACUUCUGCUACCAGAUGAGCUGAAACGGUUUCUGUUGUACCUUUAA